GCCACCGGAGCCGGGCCGUGGGUCCGGGUGCAGGCCGGGGCCCCGUGGGCCCCCUGGAAGAUGUCUCAGGAGAGGCCCACGUUCUAUCGGCAGGAGCUGAACAAGACCAUCUGGGAGGUGCCGGAGCGGUACCAGAACCUGUCCCCGGUGGGCUCCGGCGCCUACGGCUCUGUGUGUGCUGCUUUUGACACAAAAACUGGGUUGCGUGUGGCUGUGAAGAAGCUGUCCAGGCCGUUUCAGUCCAUCAUCCAUGCCAAAAGGACAUAUAGAGAGCUGCGCUUACUCAAGCACAUGAAGCAUGAGAAUGUGAUUGGUCUUUUGGAUGUCUUCACACCUGCAAGGUCUCUGGAGGAAUUCAACGAUGUGUAUCUGGUGACCCACCUCAUGGGGGCUGAUCUGAACAAUAUUGUAAAAUGUCAGAAACUCACGGAUGACCAUGUUCAGUUCCUCAUCUACCAGAUUCUCCGAGGUCUAAAGUAUAUACAUUCAGCUGACAUAAUUCACAGGGACCUAAAACCCAGUAAUCUUGCUGUGAAUGAGGACUGUGAGCUAAAGAUUCUUGAUUUUGGACUGGCUCGACAUACUGAUGAUGAAAUGACAGGUUACGUGGCCACCAGGUGGUACAGGGCUCCCGAGAUCAUGCUGAACUGGAUGCAUUACAACCAGACAGUGGAUAUUUGGUCAGUGGGAUGCAUAAUGGCCGAGCUGUUGACUGGAAGAACAUUGUUUCCUGGUACAGACCAUAUUAACCAGCUUCAGCAGAUUAUGCGUCUGACGGGGACGCCCCCUGCUUACCUCAUUAACAGGAUGCCAAGCCAUGAGGCAAGAAACUAUAUUCAGUCUUUGACCCAGAUGCCUAAGAUGAACUUUGCAAAUGUAUUUAUUGGUGCCAACCCCCUGGCUGUCGAUUUGCUGGAGAAGAUGCUCGUGUUGGACUCGGAUAAGCGGAUUACAGCAGCCCAAGCCCUGGCACAUGCCUACUUUGCGCAGUACCAUGAUCCAGAUGAUGAGCCGGUAGCCGAUCCCUACGACCAGUCAUUUGAAAGCAGGGACCUCCUUAUAGAUGAAUGGAAAAGCCUGACGUAUGAUGAAGUUGUCAGCUUUGUGCCACCACCCCUUGACCAAGAAGAGAUGGAGUCCUGAGGACCUGGUUUCUGUUCUGUUGCUCCCACUUCACUGUGAGGGGAAGGCCUUUUCAUGGGAACUCUCCAAAUAUUAUUCAAGUGCCUCUUGUUGAAAGAUUUCCUCCAACGUGGAUGGGGUGCGUGUGUGCAUGGUGUGUGUGUGUGUGUGUGUGAGUGUGGAUGGGGGUGUAUGCAUUUGUCUUUGUGGAAGGUGAAGAGCAUAAUGUGAGCUAACUCUGAUCACAGUGACAUUAUGUGAAGUUGUGAUGUCUGUGUCUGUCCUGCCUGCUCUUUUCCCCAUCUGAGUACUAACCAGGCUCAGUCCUGCUUGGCUUCCCAGCUCAGAUGAGAUCGGAUGCAUUCAAGUGGUAUGGCCAUAGACUCUGCCUACUCUUUCUGAAAGCUGGCUGAGGCAGACAAGAGCCACUAUCUUGUUAGGAUAUGGAAAAUACAAGGUGAAAAAUACUACAUGUCCCUGGACCUAGUCACGCUUUUGCCUCUUUGGCUUCUCCUGUGGCCCCACCAUGGUCAAGUUCACCCUGUGAACUUGACCACAUGCCACAGCAGCACAUGGAGGAGGAACUCACCUCACUGCUUCAGGUCCAAGGCCUGCCCUCAGUGAUGCCGCAGCCGGAAAGGACCAUCUGCCUUCUGUGUGCCAGCCUGUGAUUAACUUGCUUAGUAGGAGUCUCAGAACUUGACACAUUGUGUUUGAAACUAUAAAUAUGUUUGUGCCUUAAAAAGGAGAGAAGGAUGUGUAGAUAAUUGAAAGACUUCAGCUGCUGAAGUUCUGAACCAAGCAAGUAAGACAAGAGCUGUGGGGUGGCCACUAUGAGCCAGAAGAAACCAAGUGUGCAUGUGUGCGCAUGCGUAUAUGUGCAUUUCCUCUCCCUCCAAGCCAGAGGGUGUUGCUUGCUUGUCACCUGCAAGACAGCUCCCCUGAGAAUUGACCCCAGUAGUCAGGCACAGGUUUCUGCUGCUGUCUGUGUGCUUCCUGUAUGCUCCUUCUUCCUAGCCAAGUGAGGAUAUGUUUGCACACCUUUGAGCAUGUGCCGCUGCUCGUGCUGUUCUCCUCUGAAGGCCCUGGGCCAGGCGAGUCUGCCUGUGAAGACCUCCUGGGUGGUUCUGAUCUUGUAUCUCCCCAGCUGAUGCUGUGGGCAAGUGACUUCAUCCUCUGCAGCCCCCAGCGCUUUUCGGCGUUGAAUACAGUUGCUACUCCAGGUGCUCUUGCUGGGAAAACCCGGAAAAGAUGGAACAGGUGGAUGGAUAGCAUUUUUAUUCUUGCCAUCUGAUUUUCAACGAAUUGUUUUCAAAGAGCUAUGUUGGGAAAGCCCUGUCUUUCCCCAGGAACAUCCCAUACUUUGGAAAACAAAUCGUUCCCUUCUCUGCCAAUUAUCAAUGCUAAGAACUAUUUAAAAUCAAAGUGAAAAAUACAGAGCUCACGAGCCCAGAAACUCCUUUUGCUAUCUUUCUCUAAAUAUGAUUAUUUAAAAAAAAAAAAAAAGAAGAAAGGAAGGAAGGAAAACUGGUCAACAAGGUGUCUUUUCUACCCCUCCAUGAAAAAAGGUCUUCUUGGCAGCUUAACGUUGAUUGAUUUUAUGGUCUUGGUUUAGGGAGUAAUACAAUUUGUUUUAGAAUUUUGUACAUUGCAGGAAUCCUUUGAGAAUGUGAUUCCUUUUGAUGGGGAGAAAGGGCAGAUUAUUUUAAUAUUUUAUAUUUUCGCCUUUAUAGAUGAAAUAUCCUCAGGGGUAGAGAAGUGUUGCUGUUGUAAUUUUCUGAAUUUCAAGCAUUCUGUGCUGUAUGAGGACCCAUCUUAUUUAAGCCUCUUGUGUACUAAGGAAGUGUAAAGCCAAUUUCAGUAUUGGCAAAUCUUGUAUUAAGCCAAGCUUGUCUCCAGACUCGAUUUUAGUGAGGUGAUGUGCAGCCUCCAGAAGGCAAGGUGGGGCCCCGGAAUCCACUGGAGACAGAAGGAAGGCAGCAGGCCCCAGUGGAGUCUCGGGUUAUUUGCCUCACCUGGGAUUCUGUGUGCUUACAGGAAAGUGAGCAGAAGAGCCUCACUCACAUUUGAAAUCCUCACCAUCAAUAGCAAGAUGAAUUUCAUCAGGAUGUUUGGUUGUAAAUGCUAGUGUGAUUUCAUACAGAAAUACUGCUCUGAAUAUUGUGUGUAUAUACAUAUAUAUAUACAUCUGUGUGUAUAUGUGUAUGUACAUAUAUGUAUACAUAUAUAAGGUCUUUGCACAUGUGACCACAUAUGUGUUAGGAGGCUUUGUGCUUGGAGAACCUGAACUUGAAGCUGGGAAAGUUCUGUGGAUUUUGAGCAUAAUCCUCCCAGUUUCUCUCAACAGAAUUCUGACAAGGGAGAAGAGGAAACUGGUAUUUUAUUUGUAUUCAUGAACUUGGCUGUAAUCAGGUAUGCCAUAUAGGAUAUCAGACAAUACCACUGGUUAAAAAUAAAGCCUAUUUUUCAAAUUCAGUGAAUUUCUCAAAUUUAUUAUGUGUUUCUCUUGAUUGUUUUGAUUUAAUGCACAACAUGGCAUUGUAUCAAUAUUCUUUCAACUGUGGCCUGGCAUGAGAUUCUUACAGAUCUUAACUCUGAACAUUUAGAAAACAUUUACUCAUGUAUUUAUAAUGAAGAGAAUCUGGGUCUGAAAAGUGAAAAAAAUAAACAAGGUGUUAGAAGCAGGGUUUGUAUUACUGCAGUGUAUCCAUGUGACCCGGUGGGGCUCAACUGCCCCUGCUGGCCAAACCCCUCCCCCCACUGCUUAGUUUUGUGCAGAACCUGCUAAGAAUGGUUUUCCAUUUUUUCAAAGGUUGAGAAUUAUCAACAGAAGAAAAUAUUUUUGUAGCAUGUGAAAAAUCAUGUCAAAUUCAAAUCUUGAUGUCCACCAAUAAAGUUUUAUUGGACUAUAA